ACAAGAACUCGGCUACUUUUGUUUGCACAGCUAUGCCUUUUGUCGUUUAUAGCUACUCGUCCAAUUUAUGCGAUUUGUUCACGAAUACGUCAAUAAUGAAUACUCAUGGUUGUUCAUAGCUACUUGUCCCGUUCAAACGAUUCGUUCACGAAUACGUUAACGAUGAUCGCUCGUGCUCGACAGACGAUGCCCAAAUGGAAGAAGCCUUUUCCCCCGACAAGAUUAGGCACCUCGCCACCACAGCACAGCCAAGUCCAUGCCCGUAGGCGUCCGAAGCAGUCCCGCCCAGAUGCCAGCUCAGCCCGUCAAUAGACUUUCCUGCCCAUUCAAGGUAAAGAGAAGAUCACCUCGUUAAAAAAGAUGCAAUAUAUAGGUUUCCACGAGCAAGAUUGCAGAGUGUGACUUUGGGGUCUUUUCAA